AUGGAACAGAAGGCUGCAAGAUUCUCCAGCCUGAAGAUUUCCCUCAAAAAGAGCCAAUGUCUCAUUGCCACUGUUGUAGCUGUUAUUUUAGGGACUGUACUGGGAGUACUGGUGCGAGAAUACAGCUCCUUGUCCCGGGUUCACAAGCACUACUUUGGCUUCCCGGGAGAGCUCCUGAUGCGGAUGCUCAAGUUGAUCGUUCUGCCGCUUAUCGUUUCCAGCAUCAUAACAGGCGUGGCAGCCCUGAAUUCGGACAUGUCUGGACGCAUUGGUUUACGUGUGGUAAUAUACUAUCUGUCAACAACUGUCAUCGCUGCAUCCCUGGGGAUUAUAUUAGUGAUAGCAGUCAAGCCUGGAGUCUCCCCUGGUGCUGACAGCACUCACUGGACUGGGUUGACAGCAGACAUCUCCACACUGGAUACCAUGCUGGACCUUCUCAGGAAUAUGAUUCCUGAGAACCUAGUUCAGGCCUGCUUUGAACAGUACAAGACACAAAGGAAAGGAAGAACUCCUCUGAGUGCACCUGACUCUAACUUGGCACACACAGCUGUGCCCAUCUCCAUAACAACGCUCUCCCCACAGAAUAUGACCAAAGAGGACAUAUUAAUGGGGUCAUACUCUGAUGGGGUCAAUAUUUUGGGCCUCAUUGUCUUCUGCCUGGUCUUCGGACUGAUCAUCGGACAGAUGGGAGAGAAAGGGCGGAUUCUGGUGGAGUUCUUUGAUGCUUUAAAUGAAGCCACCAUGAAAAUAGUUCAGAUCAUCAUGUGGUACAUGCCUUUUGGGAUACUGUUCCUCAUUGCUGCCAGAAUCUUGGAGGUGCAGGACUGGGGAAUCUUCCGGAAGCUGGGGAUCUUCAUUGUGACUGUACUGAGUGGACUAGCAGUCCACUCAACCAUCCUUCUUCCUCUACUGUAUGUGGCUGUCGUGAGAAAGAAUCCCUUCACUUUUGCAUGGGGAAUGGCAGAGGCCCUAAUGACAGCCUUUGUGAUCUCCUCCAGCUCGGCCACGCUGCCCGUGACCUUCCGAUGUGCGGAGGAGAACAAUAGGAUUGACAAGAGGAUCACGCGCUUCAUGCUGCCAGUGGGAGCCACCGUCAACAUGGACGGCACAGCCCUUUAUGAAGGCGUGGCAGCCGUAUUCGUUGCUCAGCUGAACAAUAAUUCCCUGGAUAUAGGCCAGAUUGUUACCAUCAGCUUAACAGCGACCCUGGGCAGCAUUGGGGCAGCAGGUAUCCCCAGCGCGGGCGCAGUGACCACCGUACUCGUCCUGUCUGCUGUGGGCUUGCCAGUGCACGAUAUCCCCCUCCUCAUUGCAGUGGACUGGCUUUUAGAUCGUUUUCGCACCAUGGUGAACGUGCUGGGGGAUGCCUUUGGAGCUGGAAUAGUCCAGAAGCUUUGCGAGAAGGAGCUGGUUCGAACGGUCACAGUGCGUGAGUUGGAUGCCGCAAGCUCGCUGAGCCUGGAGACGACACUGGGCGCAGGUGACUUCGAAGAGAACUCCUACGUCAGGGGGAUAUUCACCGAUGACAACAAUGACAGCGAACUCUUUAGCUCUUCUCAGUGCUAG